AAGCAAGGUUUCUUGAUUUGGAUUUAGUAACAAAUAAAAAAGUUAAGAAUUCCAAAUGGCUUCAAUUGCUAUUUUGUUAAUCACAUUUAAUUUCAUUUGCACCUCCUUCGCCUUUGACCCUCGUCCUCUUCAAGACUUCUGUGUUGCAGAUCCCCCGGGAAACGCAACAUGCAAGGAUCCAAAAACAGUUACCGCCAACGACUUCUUUUUGAGCGGUCUGGAUCGGCCGGGACCCUUUAACGCGUACGGCACCACAGCCGUCCGCGCCAAAUCGGACACGGUGCCGGGGUUCAACACUCUUGGCCUGACAUUUGUACGCUCGGAGUAUGCGCCGAAUGGAUACUUGCCGCCACACAUCCACCCUUCAUCGUCGGAGGUCAUAUAUGUGGUGGAAGGCAUGCUCGAGGUUGGAUUUAUAACCACGUACCCGGAAUACAAAUAUUACAGCAAAGUUUUGAACAAAGGUGAUGUCUUCAUCAUCCCUGUUGGCCUCCUUCACACCCAGCGAAACGUGGCGAGAACAAAGACUGUGAUAACGGCAGCGUCCAAUACCCAGAAUCGCCGCGUUAUUUAUACGCCCGACUCUGUUUUCGCGGCGAAGCCCGCCAUCAACAGCCAUUAUCUGGCCGGAGCGUUUAAGCUGGACGAGAAAACUAUCAAAGAUUUACAGACGAAGCCGUGGUUUAUGUAAUCGAUUGUACGUUAUAUGUUACUUUUACUGGGUUUGUGUAAUAAAUUGUGUUUCGUUACUAUAAUAGGGAUUGACCGAUAGAAGAAAUAAAAUGAAUUAGUUCUAUGUA